UCGUGUAAAUACAUGAGAGGCAGGGACAUCUGAGACACGUUAAAUGUGAUAGCCGGGGAAAUGGUGGCCAUAAAGAGGAGCUUUUUCUUGAUCAACCUCAAACUUUCUCAUCACGGGCGCCUGAAGAAGAAUGGCAGAAAACGUUUUGCCACCGCAUUGGCUCAAAGAAAGGAACCGUCUGAGAACUCAAGACCCCAGGAACAGCCUGUUUUUCCUCUGAGAGUUCCUAAAAAUAUUCUGUCACAGUCUGCUGCUGCUGUUUUCGGACUUGGAUUCAUUGAUGCUGGUGCCGUUUCAAAUUCAGGUACAGUGGAGAUUGGUCAAGGAUUGGAGUGAUCUCAAAGGAGAGUGAGGACUUGCUAAAGGUUGCGGCCUUUGUGGUUAUUCCUCUCUGUUUCUUUCUUAUAGUUUCAGUCUCAAAGGAAGAAUAGGCUUAAUUUAAUUGUUCUGUGAGAAGCUAUCGUUGGCAGUAUAUGCUUUCACAGCUCUAUAUUUCUGUACAAUUUGUGCAUACAGCUGCUAUGCUUGAUAGUGUGAAAACAACAAGAAGAAGAAGAAACAGUGAUGCGAUUUUAAAUGCAAAUUGCUGUUUCCGUGCUCA